ACAUGCGUACGUCUCUCCGCGCUUCUAUCAGCGACUCGGCUUCAGGGGAGAACUACUCUGUUGUAAACGUGACGGCCGGAAUCCCGCUGCUUUCCUCCGGGGCAACAGAGUGCUGCGGGGCACAGCUGUGCCCCCGGGGCUGCCGCCCCAGCCGCCGCUUGGCUGCGGGCUGCCGCGUUUGUCACCGCUGCGGCCCAAGAGCCUCGGGCAGGGGGCAAGGCGUUGUUUUCUCCGGGACGCCGAGCCGCUGCAGCUCCGCCCUGUGCCGGGACGCGGUCCUUAGCGCGGGGCGGAGGAAGCUCUUGCAGCCACUGCGCGGCUGCCCGUGCGCUGUGCCCCGCUGGCUGCUCCUGCAGCGGAGCCGCCCCUGCCCACCCACGGAGGGCGGGCGGGAGGUAGCUCCGGGCUGCGCCUGCUCCAGCGCCGCCGGCACCGCAUCGCAUCGCGGGCGUGCUUCCGGGUAGCGUUCGCGGCCCCGGGAGCUGCUUCGCCGAGGGUUCGCUGUGUGCAGGGCCCCGCUGGCAUCCCGUCAGCGCGGCAGGGGCCUCUGCGAGACACUGCUCCGCUCACCGCCAGCCAUGGACGGGGACCGGGUGGAGAUAGACGGCGGGAUCAUGGAGGGGGGCGGGCAGAUCUUGCGAGUGUCCACGGCGCUGAGCUGCCUGCUGGGCCUGCCGCUGCGGGUGCGCCGGAUCCGCGCCGGGAGGAGCCAGCCCGGCCUCAGGCCUCAGCAUCUGUCUGGAUUGGAGAUGAUUCGAGAUCUAUGUGAGGGGAAGCUGGAAGGUGGAGAAAUUGGCUCAACAGAAAUAACCUUCACUCCUGGGAAGAUUAAAGGUGGAACCCACAUAGCAGAUACAAAAACAGCAGGGAGCGUAUGUCUGCUGAUGCAGGUAGCAAUGCCCUGUGUGCUGUUUGCUGCUUCCCCAUCAGAACUUCGUUUAAAAGGUGGGACUAAUGCUGAGAUGGCUCCUCAGAUAGACUACACAGUCAUGGUUUUCAAGCCAAUAGUUGAAAAGUUCAAUUUCACAUUUAAUUGUGACAUAAAAAAGAGGGGCUACUAUCCUCAGGGAGGUGGUGAAGUUGUAGUCCAGAUGUCACCAGUCAAAGAGUUGAGCCCAAUAAACUUAACAGAACGUGGCACGGUGACGAAGAUAUACGGAAGAGCAUUUGUUGCUGGAGCGCUGCCUAUAAAACUGGCAAAAGACAUGUCAGCAGCAGCAGUGAGAUGCAUCAGAAAAGAAAUCAGGGAUCUUUACAUUAACAUUCAGCCUGUUCGAGAACCUGAUGAUCAAGCCGUUGGGACUGGAAGUGGAAUAAUUGUUGUUGCAGAGACUUCAACAGGCUGUUUGUUAGCUGGGUCAUCACUUGGCAAAAGAGGAAAGAAUCCUGACAAGGUUGGCAUUGAAGCAGCUGAGAUACUGCUUAGGAAUCUUAAACAUGGUGGAACUGUGGACGAUUCUCUGCAAGACCAACUGAUCAUUUUUAUGGCACUAGCGAAGGGGGUGUCUCGAGUGAAAAGUGGACCAAUUACACUUCAUACUCAAACAGCUAUACACUUUGCAGAGCAGCUAACAAAGGCCAAAUUUACUGUGACAAAAUUGGAAGAGGAAGAUUCCAGUACAGAUACCUACAUCAUUGAGUGCCAAGGAAUGGGGAUGAUAAACUCAAAUUUAUAGGGCUUUAAAAAAAGGCAGAAAACUGACAAAAGCAAAACUCAACAUACCUCAGUGAUGUACUGCACUACAUUUCAAUGGAUGUAUGAUAUGCGCAUGAACAGGAGAAGCCUUCUGUCACAUCUGAGGGCUUUGACUUCAAGGAUGAUGUCGAGUUUUUCCUUGAUGUGCUGAGAAUCUGUGGUGUGAAAAAUGGCAACUUUACACUUUUCUCCUUUUUUUUUUUUUUAAAGUAUUAGCAGCAGAAUGAGUACAGACAGGACAAUAAAUAGAAUACAUUGUAUGUAUUUGAGAGCUUCAAUUAGAAGCUUUAAAACUUCAGAUUCACCACAGCAGAAAAUAACUAUUUCAGUUUUGAAAAUGGGAACCUUUAUGUUAUGAGGUAUAGGGAAUGCAGUGUACCAUCAAAUCUGUACUGCUUUCCUUCUAUAGCCAUUUUGUUUAAAUCGUGCAUGAGGAAAUAAUAAAGCAGUAUCACCAUAUAAAA